AUUUCAUAAUCGGUUCUAAGGGCAAGCCAUCAUUAGCCAGCAGAGAACAGAAUCCCAAGUUAGUCAGUCCGUGGACCCCGAAGCGAGACAAACACAAUCCAGCGAUGAAGACGAGUUUGCUGUCAACUCUACUGAUGGUGGUGCUAGGUGUGAUGUUGGCCCACGCUGCCAUCAACCCACAAUCUGGCUAUCCGGACGAGAGACCAGGUGAGGAGCUCCAGCAGCUGACAGAGGAGCCGCAUCCCAGGGAGCAACGUCUCAAGGAACGUGCGGGCGGAGUGGUGGUGAAGCCUGCCCAGCGGCGACAGCUGUCCUCACGCCGCAAUUGCAGCAACAAAGGCGGGAGUCCGAAGGCAGAGGCUGCUGCUCUGGCCAGAUACCAUGCGGCGCGUCCCCCGCCGCGUCGCCUGUCGAGGCACAAGGAAGUCCAGGUGGACAGUGAGUUCUUUGAGCCCUCGCCGGAACGAGUCGAGGAGCUGAAGCGCAUUCUGCUCGACCAGCAAUAAAAUGAAAUGCUCCAGGAAA